CAAUAAUUAAAAAAAAACUAAUCUGUGCUUCUACUGUAGUUUUUUUAUUGAAGUCACAGGUUGAAGUUUUCUACUUUAAUUAAAAUUUUGAAUUUAUUCUUAGUCUUACAUUAAAUAUAAGAAAUAUGGCCUUACCACAAAAGAAAUACUACCGACAACGUGCACAUUCUAACCCCAUAGCUGACCAUUGUUUCGAUUACCCUGCUCAUCCUGAUGAAUAUAAUUGGUCUAAUUUAUAUCCAGCGUUACAUGGAAAUAGUGAAGUGGAAUUUUUAGAUGUUGGUUGUGGUUAUGGAGGCCUUUUAGUCACUUUAUCUCCAAUGUAUCCUAAACAAUUAAUGUUGGGAUUGGAAAUCCGAGUGAAAGUUUCAGACUAUGUUAAUGACCGUAUACAAGCAUUAAGAGUACAGCAUCCAGAAAUGUAUCAAAAUAUAGCUGUGCUGAGGACAAAUGCUAUGAAAUAUUUGCCUAACUUUUUUCACAAAGGACAGUUACAAAAAAUGUUUUUUUUGUACCCUGAUCCACACUUCAAAAAAGCUAAACAUAAAUGGAGGAUAAUAAACAAAUGGCUGUUAUCAGAAUAUGCAUAUAUUCUUGCAGAGCAGGGUAUUGUGUAUACAAUAACUGAUGUUAAAGAUUUACAUGAAUGGAUGGUUGUACAUUUUGAAGAACAUCCUCUGUUUGAAAGAUUAAGCAAAGGGGAAUUGGAAUCUGAUCCCAUUAUAGAAAAGUUGUAUGAGAGUACAGAAGAAGGACAAAAAGUAACUCGAAAUAAUGGAGACAAAUAUGUUGCUGUUUUCAGAAGGAUUUCAGAUAAAUGGAAAGACUAGCAGAUUUAUUACAAUAAUUUAUUCUUACACAUGUAUAUUGGGACUUAAAUAAGAAUAAUAUAAAUAUAUGCCUUAAUCAAAGAAAACUUAUUUACUUAACCUUUUCUCUAGCAAACUUACCCAUCUGCUUAAUGGUCUAGAUAUAUUUAGGUGCCUUCGCAUGUAGUUAGCUCCUGUAACCAUCCAAUCCCUUCUAUCUAACCACUGUUUUUGUGUUAAUAAUGAUAGUAUCAAGGCAGCCCAAACUUCUGCACUAUUCGGGUACAUGUGUAAUCCUUUUUUAGCAAAAAUAAAUGCUUUAUCUUUGUCACCAGCUAUAUGCUCAGCAAUACUAGCUGUAGUUAUAAUUUUUGCAGAAUCAAAUUUACAGCUACUGUUAUUAUUUGAACACAUUGCUCUUUGAGCAAAGUGACUGGCAAUUUUUACCUUUGUUGUAGUUUUAAGGCAAUAUUCAGCCAUGUAAAACCAAAGGAGACCAUUAUUAGGAUGAUCAUGAAGAGAGUCGCUCAAUAGCUUGAUUGCUUGUUCUACAUUCCCUUCAGAGAUAAAUGGAUAUGAUUUUAAAAAUCCAAUAUGAAAUCCAAAAUUUAUAUCUGUUUCGUAUUUUUUCAAUUCACUCAAAGCAAGUUUAGUUAAACUCUGAUCAGAAUGGAUUAGGCCUAAGGAGCAGAUUCCAAAUAAGCUGUGGGCUGUUGGUUUUGUCUGAGAUAUUUGAAUACUGUGGAACAAUACAGUUUUUGCAUCAUCAGCUCCUUUAAACAUGUACAUGAUACCAGCCAUAGCAACAAGUAAAUCAGCUUUUUCAUAAUCAUCAUUACUCAACCAGUGUAGAGCAGUAUCAUACACUGAGUAGGAUUCUUCAUAAAGACCUUUUUUAAAUAAUGCAAGUGCUAAUCCACAUGUAGAAUUCAAACUUGCCUCUGUAAUAGCCUUAUAUACUUUAACAGCUUCCUCAUAUUUCUCCAUUCUUAGCAAAAUGCGACCAACAUUUAAUAAUAUAAUAUUCUUUUUAUCAUUUUCAGCAUAUUGCAAUGCUUUUUCAUAUGAUUUUAAUGCUGCUCGUAGAAGUCCACUUCUUUCUUGUAAAAUCCCCAGAAUAUUACAAGCACAAGCAUUGUUUGGUUCAUAAUUGGAAAACCAUUCAAUCAAGUCAAUAGCAUAGUUAAUUGCAUAUAAACCGUCUAUAACAUAUUUGUAUUGAGGAUCUUCAGUGUAUUUAUUAUCCUUUAAAGUUCUGCAUACCCAAUCUGCAUAGCCAAGAGCACUUUCUGGAUGAUAACCUAAUCGAGAAGCAUGUCUGAAUAGAUCCAUAGCUUCUUCUUCUCGGAUAGACUCUGCUAUCAAAGCUUGGCCAAUCCAACUUUGUGGAUAUGAUGGCAAAGUAGACUGACCUCUCCAGAAGCAAUAAUUAGCAAGUUUGUAGAGUUUAAUUUUCAAGUAUAAAGUUCCCAAGUUGCACCAAAUUUUUGCAACAGCCCACUUCCUUGUUACUAAUAAUGCUUUGAUAAAACAAUGCUGUGCUAUAUCAUACCUUUUUUUAAAGAGACAGAUUUUACCAAGUAAAUUCCAGUUGCGCCAAGCAGUAGGUUUAUCUUUUACACAAGCAAUUGCUAAAUUAAAAGAAAUAUGACAAUCAAUUUCUUUUUUAGUUUCAUGGUAGUAAUCCAGAUAUACAGAUGCUAAAUCAUAAGAUGCAAAUUCUUGCUUUUGUUUAGCAAUAUGUGAAUAGCAAGAAAUUGCUUGGGGAAAUAUAUCUAUUUUUUCUUUUUUAACAAUUUCCCCAUCACCAUAUAGUAAGUCUUUAGUAUAAACAUAGGCAAAUAUGUUUGGUAAUUUUGUUAUAAAUAUUAAUGUAUCACCCAAAAGUUUCCAAAAACAAGUGAGUUUUUUUUCUUUCAAUAGUGCUGUAAUGAUAUAAUCUACAGCAUAUUGAGCACAAUCUCUAGCAGUACCAUACAGUUUCGCUGUUACUUUUUUCUUUGCAAUUCUCAUCCAAGUUUCUGCCAUUCCUUUAAGGGCCAAAAUAGAGAAUGGAUCAAUGAGUAAUACUUUUUUGAAUGUUAUUAUAGCAUCUUCAUAUUGUGUCAAUAAAGUGUAAAUAUAGCCAAUUCUGGUAAGACAAUAAGAACAUUUGUUAGGAUCCAUGGCAAUUACUUUAUUAUAUGCUCUUAGUGCAGAUGUGUAUGAACCACGAGAAUAGUAUGCAUCAGCUAGACAUUCUAAAGCUGUUACAUUAUUAUAGUCACUUUUUAUCACAAUUCUAAAAUUUAUAAUGGCAUUUUCCCAUUCUCUUCUAUUCAGAUAAUGUAACCCUAGUUUAAAAUAUAGCCAAGGUUCAUUUGCCUGCAAUGACCUUUCAGCAGCUACAAGAAAUUUAAAAUCAAUCUCCUUGAGAUUUAAGUAACUAUAUGUCGUGCUCAAUUGUUUUACAAUUUUUGUGUUAGUAUCAUUUAAAUCAUAAGCUUUUUCAUAACAUUUUUUUGCUUUGACCAAAAAUUUUUUCAUUAAAUAAUAAUUACCAAGAUAAAAGAAUGUAUCAGCAUGUUCAGGGUCAAGUUUAGCUGCUUUCAGAAAACAUUCUAGUGAUUUUUGAUAAUCUUGCAUCCCCCAAAAUGCCCUUCCUAUAUAAAACUUUUUGGAAGAUGUGUCUUUAACAUUCUCCAAUAAAUCAACUGUUUCUUCAAAUUUACUUUGUUUCAACAAAAUUAGUGCUUGAAGAAGUAUGUGAUAUUCUGUGUUCUUCAGAUUUUCUAACAAUUCAUCUGCACUUUCAUUGUUUUCUAUGUAGCAUUCAGCUAACAUAGCUUGCUCAUCACUAGUGAAUAAUUCAAUAGGCAUGUCUUUAGUAGCUGAAAUAGCUUGCUUCCAUUUUUGCUGCUUUGAAUAUGACACAAAUAAAAACUUUUUGAGGUCAUUAGCAAAAUGGGAAUCUUUUACUUUAUUUAAAAACAUGUUUGCUAAUUUUUGUGUUACUGACCAUUUCUUGAGCAUAAUUGUACACUUUAAAAUAAAUGUAACUUCAGUGACAUUGGGUUGCUGAUAAUUUACUAGUGGAACACACUGUUUAAAUGCUUCUAAGAAAUUCCCCUUAUCAAACUCAAUCAUACUCUUAAGAAGAGCUGGGUAUACAGAAUUUUCUAUACCACAUGUUACCUUUCCUUCAUAUAUCUCAAUAUUCAAAUCACCAAAUGUCAUUUUUUUUAUAAAUUUAUUGCACAGGUAACUGCACAGCCAUUCUCUCAAUACUACAUUAUCAGAAAAAUAUUUAAGAUUAACAAUUUCCUCCACUGCCAAAGCUACAUUACUUUUUUGAGCAAUCACUUUUCCAGUAAUCAUCUGUAAUGUUUCACUGUGAUUAUUUUGAGGCCUCUCAUUGAGAACAUUAACAACUAAAUUAAUAUAUUUUUCUCCACAUUCAACAUCCACUUUAAGUAGUUCAAUUAAUUGGUGUUUAGCUGCAUUAGACAAUUUCUCAUUUUUGUUUUCAGAAAUAUAGUUGAUUAGUGUACCUAUACAGUCACUCUCUUUUAAAAUACACCCUAAUUGACCAUAUUUAUCUAGCACUUCCAAAGCUUUGUCAUCCUCUAACUGUAAUUUAAGUAUUUCCUUGUAAACUGCUAACAGUUUUAACUUAGAUGAAGUUUCUUCUUUCCUUUCAUAGUAGUUUGCUAGCCCUUGCCAAGCCAGCGGAUGAUCAGGUUUAGAAGCAAUCGCCUUUUGAAAAGCCAAAGGAGCUUGAUCAGUAUUUUCCAGGGACUUGCCAAGUAAAAUCAAUCCGAAAUAAUUUUGUUUAUCUUUUCGUAAAAUGUUUUUACAACACUCUUGUGCCUCUUUAUAAUUAUUUUCAUCAAUAAGCUUUCUAGCUUCUUUGAGUAGUGCUUUUAAAUCGCCCAUCUUUUUAUUGUUUUCCCAUAUAAUAUUUUUACAUAAAUUUCAGAUCAAAAGAGGUACCAAAUAUUUUUUUAAGUUUCUCC